GGGCUGGCAUUGGCACCUCAUCUCACCUCAGAGUGGAGAUUUACGGUCCGAUUUUUUCUUCUUUUUUUUUUUUUUGGUCUCUCACUUUCUACAGAUAGUUAUAGUCGUUGUUAUACUUCUUAUACUCAUCCUGAUAUAACAUUUCCCUGCAUGGGAGACGCCACAGCUUCAAACAUGAGCAGUCUGCGGGCGUGUAAGGAACCAUUUGACAGGCCCAGCUCUGAACCUGUGGAGGACACAGACACCACCAGCUUUUUGGCAGAAUUUUCCCUGGAGGCCAACUAUCCAGUCCAAGUGACAGAUCCUCAUGCAGACGCAGUGACACUCCACCUGAGCUCCAUGCCCUCUGGAUACCUGAGUCCCUCGUCAGACAGAAUAAGACAGCCAGUUGAAGAUGUUGAAGAGUGCACCUGCCCAACAUCUACUUCACCAGACUACCCUAAAGAACUGCAGUUGUUAAACAGCCCCUGUGAAAAGUGCUGCUGCCCAGCACCUCCCCCCAAGAUCAGCGACCUCAUGAACGACAAAGAUCUCCUGGACUCGCUGCGGCUCAAACUGGACCCGAACCACUGCACCAUCAAAAACUGGAAGAACUUUGCGAGCCGCUGGGGGAUGAGCUAUGACGAACUAACCCUGCUGGAGCACCGGACCCAGGGGUCCUUGUCCCACAGUCCCACCCAGGAGUUCCUGCUGCGCUACAACGAGAAAACGGUCACUGAGCUCACUGAACUUUGCCGCAUCUACCAGCGCAUUGAUGUACUGCGACUGCUGCAGAGCUGGAUAGAGAAGGACUGGCCGUCACGGUGGCAACAGACUCAUUAACCAGCUUGACUGUAUAUUUAUCAUGUCUGUUUUUUUUUUUCUUCUGUCACUUUUUUACUUGUUAGGAACUUCUUCUCCUUCUUCUUUUUCUUCUUCUUCAUAAAUUUGGAUACGUUACCACAAUUUCUUUUUAGCUUUAGCAAAAAGUAAAACAUCAAUCAACAACUGGAAACUUCCUGUAGAGAAUAUCAGCAUCACAGGUAGCACAGUAUCUUCCAAACAGUAUAGCACUUAUGCACAUUUUUAGCCACUCUAAUGGCACCGCUUCUCAACAAGCUAGUGGACAGUGCCAUGAAGUUUUGUACAGAUAUCCAUGGUGAACGAACCCACUGAUCUUUGUGAUCCCCAGACUUUUCCUCUUGUUCCACCAGCAGGUUGAAAUUUUCCACCAUCUAAUGAAAUAUCUGCACAUCACAGUGGCACACCGGUACAAAAUAUUCACGGUUCUCAGACAAUGUAUCCUCAUGACUGAUGAUCCCCUGACUUUUUGCCUUGUGUCACCAUGAGGUUUGAACUAUUUGGAUCGUUUGCUAGUUUUAGAACAAACAAAUUCAGUACAAACGAUGAUGUCCUCCUCCGAAUAAACUGUAAUAAACCUUGUGACGCACUGAUGUUUCCUUUAAUUUCAUUAUCGGGUCGAAAUUUUUCAUUUGGCCAGAUCCCUGAACCACUGACACUCACACCAUCAUCACCAGCUGGCCUUUGUGUUCAGUGCUAAUUAACAACAUGUUAGCAUGCUAACACACUAAACUAAGAUGGUGAACAUGGUAAAGAUUAUACCUGCUAAACAUCAGUAUGCUAACUCUGUCGUGAUGAAGCUCCAAGUAUCACUGUAUCGAUGUAUAGCCUCCAGGCUGUAAACUCUUAGGGCCCUGUUUUCAUGGCAGCUAGCAGCACUCCAGCAGAUUCGUACGUUUCCUGAUUUUGAAAAAAUCGUUUUACUUGUGCACUUUACAGCUGUGCACUGUGUUUACCUGUACUAAAACAUGUGCAAAUGACACCUGGCUGCUACGAAGUAACUGGAUACCACACUGAUACACACAUCAGACUGGUCCGUUAUGACUCAGUACUCUGUUGUUGAAGUGGGAGAUGUCAGAUUACAGCAGCUCAUCAGUCCCGUGUGUCACGGCUUCCUUUCCAACUUUCUUUUUAACAAAAGCAGCAUUUGAUGUUUUAAUCUUGUUUUAUUAUUACGGUGCAGACGUUGUUGUAGCACGUUACUGUGAUGAUGUGACUGAUGUGGUGCAUGACUUGCUCAGCUGUUCCAGAGCGAUGAGACCAGUGAUUCAUAUUACAUGUUUUCUCAUUGGGAAAUAAACACACGGCA